AUGUACAGGGAUUCGUAUUUUCAGAGCCAUCACAUGCAACAGUCGCACCAUGCCCUCUAUCUCGACUGGAAUCAUGAUGUUUUCAUGUCCCCCGAUCAUACUGCCACAAACGGACUGCGCACAGAAAAUCCAUCUUUACCUAUAAACCAGUUCUGGGACUAUUUUCAUGAUGAUGAUGACUGGGAUCAGUUUCAUCCACUGCGCGUGGACUGCAAUGGCCAAUUGACAGCACUGCCGCCCCUAGUCGAAAGUCCUAUGGCGCUUGGUUCAAUUUUUGCUCCCAAGAAAACGGAGCUGGGCCUGUGGCGUGACUGUCGGUUAGACGAGCUGAGACAGGAAUGA